UCAAAAACGUUCGCACGUUCACCGAAAGCUCGGCCGGUAAACUUCUCCAUUGUCCAUUUAAGGGCCAUAAAAUUUAAUUUUUUUGGGAUUGUUUUGGUUUUGAAAUUCUUGAUGGAGAAAGGAGAGAGCAUAUUGGAAGCGAUUUACGAAGACGAAGAUUUAGGAUAUGGAGAAGAUGUAGAGAUGGUUGACGUUGAAGAAGGAGAGCUCGUGGAAUGUUGUAACUCGGGAAAUGACCGGGAAAAAAGCGGCUCUGCUGCUGUUAAUGGUGAAAAUCAGGUGCCCCAAAGUAAAAAUAAAAAGCGCCGAGCAAAUAAGAGGAAGAAUAAGAGAAAAAAGGGUGGUUCUGGACAUAAACCUUCGGAUAUAAACCAGUUUGUGUUAGACACUUGUAGACGAUUAAAAGAAAAGAAGUCAUACAUGGUGUACAACGCUGUGGGGUGCUUGGGGGUUUCUGCAUUGAGUGAUCUUGUCGUGGAGGUGGGUGCAAUUCAAUCUUGUGGAGGUCAGAUGACUGCCGAUGGAAAACGUUGUCGGACAGGUGGUGGCAUAUUAUGGAAUAUCCUAAAAGUGCGACAACCCGCUGCUUAUCGCGAAAUAAUGAAAAAAACCAAAGACUUCGAGAAGCAAUUCAAGCAAGAAAAUGUCGGACGGGCACUAGCACAGAACAAAGAGAACUCGUCCCGAGAAACUGCUUGCAAUCUGACUAAUGGAACCUCGGUAAGUGUUUUGGAAGAUUCUCAACUGCUUCCACAAACUCGGGAGGAACAGUUCAGUACCGAAGGAACAUGAAAAGCUAUUCAUGACAGGAUUAGAGUUCCUAUUUCGUAUGAAGACAUUCUUGGUGAGGAUCUAAAAGAAGAUCCAUGUCAUCAGUAACUAAACUUUGAGUUUGGAUUGCCAUCGGUUUUGAAUGCAGAGAAUUGUUGAUAGAAGGGAUUUUCUCUUAUUUGGGAAACUACAUAUGAAAGCAUCAUUAGUUGUCCUUGAAUCAAAAUUCACUUUUGGAAUAAAAUGGUUGUUAUUAGGGUAUAAAA